AUGACAACAAACGCGGAUACUUGGCAUAAAGUGCAUGCCUCCUCUGACGAUGCUCGAAAUGAAUGCCCUGGCCCAUCGGUUGGGAAUGAGAGUGGACAGUCCGUUGGAAAGCGUAAGGCAGGGGCUACUCGUCGGAAAGCUUGUGAACCGUGUCGGCAGCGGAAGAGAAAGUGCGAUGGAGAUCGACCUAUCUGCGGGGCUUGUCGGGUUUUUGGACCACCGGAGACGGGAUGUUUCUAUUUUGCGGACCAAGUUUCCGGCCCAGACGCUGCAAAGCGUCGUUCACCCACUAAAGCGAAACUGUCUCUUCCCUCCAUGGUUGAUAUGACAAAGAAACCUGGAAAUGCACAAGAUAAAAGAAUGAACGUCAAAGAUGCCUCUUCGUCACCGGAAAUGGCGACUGGUCCGCAUUCAUCCAAUCCCUCUCCGCCUAGUAGACUUCGAGACGAAGUGACUCCACCAGAAUCCGAUACCCUGUUGGUGGACGGAGCUGAAGUCUCGAUGCAUCUUAUCCAUUUGUUUUUUCAAUAUUGUGGAUCGCAAAUCCCCUUCAAUUUUCUACAUCGUAGUAGUUUCAUCCGCACAAUACGUCGUCAGCAAGGGUUUCUUUUGCUCGCCAUGCAAUGCAUUGCCAGCCGGUAUACGGAGGAGAGCCGACACGCAGAUGCCCAAUGUGCUGAUGCAGGAGACCGGUACUAUCGACGGGCACGGAGAUUAGUGCCGCAGCUUUACGAUAAUCAUUCACUAAGUGCGGUACAAGGAUUACUAAUUUUGGCGACCUGCUCUACAAUGAAAGGCAUCAUCUCAGCAGCCUGGCAGUACGUGGGAAUGGCCGUACGUAUGGCACAUUACUUGGCACUUGAAACCGCCAUGGUAGAGGGGACCAGAUUCUCGCCGAUGCAGGAGGAAGUUCGAAAGAGAACUUGGGCAGGCUGUCUUAUUCUGGAAAGAAUGGUUUGGAUGGCCCUCGAUCGACCAUCGAUAUACGCCAAUGUUCCUAACCGGAUCCGACAUUCAAUACCUGAUGAUCUAUGGCCAGCAGUAUGGCCAGAGGACGUUAUAAGGCACCCGGCCGUUAAUGCCUUUGGGGGAGAGCAGGUCAUUUUCAAUCACCUACGACCAUUGAUGGUGCUGUAUGGGCGAGUGGUGGACUUUAUUCGGACAGACCAUGGAUUGAAGAUGGUUAUUAACUAUCAAGCGCUGGACGCGGAACUCGAUGCAUGGUUUUUGUCGCUGCCUCCUGCGAUGCGCGAGUUACUAGUAACGAUAGAUCAUGGCCCCGCAAAGCUACCAGAGGUGGUAUCGUCAGAUUUGCAAAGUUUCUGGUUUGCGGUAUCAGUAUUACUACUCGGACUUCAGGCACGGGGCAUACUGCGCAAGUGGUUGCUUAAUGCGAUGCUAUCCAAAGCGGAUCAAGUGAUCUCGGCAGCAUAUUUUGCACUGGAUUCUGGUGAUGGAUUGGCUGAGGGUCUGCCGUCCAUGGGGUUAGAUCGACGCGCACUGACGGGCAAGGUGAUUCACGACGCGAUGCAAGUAGCAGACUCUGAAUCUGCCGUCUUACAGAGAGCAUUGAUGGUCGACCCGCUACUGACCACACUUACACCGCAUUUCACUAUGGGGGUAUAUCAAGUGGCUUUGGUGUAUGUGAUGGCACUGGGAGCUGCAUCCAUAGAAGGAAAUGAAGCUACUACUCGACGAUGUAAAAGUGGAUUAGCUGUGCAUGAACAAGCAUUACGCGCGUUUACCCGAUCCUUUGCCCCUGCGGUAAGAAUAGUGGGCGUGUUGACGACGCUACGCGGAACAGCAGAGAACGGAGGAGGAUCAUCCGCUCACUACGAUGCUCUCUCUCCUGUCUCAAGUUUUGGCACUUGGUCAUCUGCGGACGGAUCUGAGCAGGAUGGGAACAGUUACCGCGCUUCAGUGGACGUUGCCGAUAACCUAUUGUCGUAG